AAAUGGACAAUGAUGGAGGCAUGAGCAAACAGACCUUUGAAACAUCAGAUCAAAAUGGCAGGAAAAGAGUGCCAAAAAAUUUAACUAGUGAUCCCGAUUUUUCCCAGAUGAUAAAGAAAUCGAAAGCUUUUGUGAAGCAGGAGCCGAGUGAUUCUGAUACAUCUGCAGGCGAAGUGGUAGAACAACCGAAAAGAAACAACGCUAGAGGUUGCAAAGAUUUGACCCUGCUGAAGAUGCAAUACGGAGGCACAUUGGCUGUUGAUUGCUCGAACGAAGACGUCUCCUUUACAGAUUUGGACACCGAUUCGAGUGAGAGCAAGGGACCCAUUGGAAAAGUGAAUAAGAUUCUUGGGGGAAAUAUCAGCCAGAUAUCGGUGGGGACUCCUGACAGUAUGAAGAUAUCGCCACAUGCAAAUCUGAAGGAAGAGUUUGAACAAAAUUUCCCUUUCACUUCCGAAAUUGACAAAAAGUUCUUGGAAGCUGGCAAAACCAAAGUAAAAGAGCUGAUGAUGAAACACUUGGACGAUGAAAAGUUAGUAGCGAGAAAAAUUUGGGCAGAAACUGCUCAGAUGGUAACUGAUGAUUGGAACUCUUUUGGAAUGAGAAACAGUUGUAUUCAUUUGGACUGUAAAAUCAAAUCGUUCCAGAGUUUCGAGAAUAUGAUUGCGCCACAACAUGAACAGAAAGUGAAAGGUCGAGGUAAAAAGAAGAAGGAACCAGUGAAUAAAACCAAUGAGAACAUACAUGAACCAGUUGAGAUAAAGAAGAAAGCGAACAAGAGAUCUCAACAGCCACCAGCGAAGGAGAGGAAAUUAUUCUGCCCUUCAACUGGGUGUGAGGUGAUUGGAAGGGAGAUGUCGGAGCGUAUUGUGCUGCCUGCCAUGUACUCGUGGCUCACAUGUCACAUCCAGUUCCGAGCAGAGGACGACACUGUGCUAUCCAAUGUGCCCUACUUGGGCGAUCCAGACUCCACGUCCAACAAUGGCCAGGGCCAGUUCCUCAGCGAACUCGAACAGAUAUUUGCCGGAAAAAUCUCCCAUCUGUCUGAGAUCCAGUACGUGCCAGAUGUGGUGUUCUGUACGGCUGUGGAAGCCAUGCGAGACCUGCAUGCUCUACUUGAGAGAGAAGAAAACAUGAAACAACAGCAGGAGAAACUGAAACAACUAAAUGAAGAGAACAAAACAGACGAAGAGAAAGAAAAGAAAAUAAUUGAAGCUGAUGUUGAACAAGAGACAAGUGAGAAGAGCAGUUCUGUUUCGACUAAUAGCGGUGGAUCUUCCAAGCAAACUGAUGCUACCGAAAAGGAGUCUCAAGGAGAAACAACGAAUGAGCAAACGAAUGUUGAAAAUGCUGAAGCAGAGCAGGCGCAGCCGAGCGAUGAGUCACUUGAUGAGAAAGAAGAGAAGGAGCAGGUGGGCAUUCUGCCCGUGUUGCCCACUGAUCUUCCCCCGGACAAGGCAUUCGCCCUGCUGGCCAAAUUGUUCAAAUGGGUCGAUAUUCUAGAGCUGAAAGAACGAUACCACAACAAGAGUUCGGGUCCGAUUAAAAAGGCUAGCGCUGCGAGCGAGAAUAUCAAUGAUCCCUUGUCCCAUCCGUCGAAGGGCCAAUUGGUUCUGGGCACGUAUCGCAACCUGUUCUGCCGAAGAUGUUUCAUCUACGACUGUCCCAAUCACUCCAUUCUGCCUCCUUGCGGUCCAUCGAUAGUGUCGCGGAAGAAAACAUCAUCAGGGCCUGGAGGGUCAGACGAGGCUAAUUCUCCAUGUGGGAAAGAUUGUUUUCUUCAAACUUACCCUUGGAUGACAGCAGCGAACCAGGCAGAGACGGAAUCGGAUCAGAUGGAAACAGAUCCAUCGAACAGCGAAGGAUUUAAUUCUCCGUUCUACUCCUCCACUGGCUCGUCUUGUGAGUCAUCUUCCACAGUUCAGUCGCCAAUGAAAGCAAAACCCUUUAAGCCGAAACACAACUGUGAUAAAUUUGGAACCAUGUUGUUCAAUAGACUCUCCCUUGAACAGAGCAAAGCACAAGAUAGCGAGAUGACUAACAGGUCUAUUGACGAAACAUCGGGGAAAUCUUCGCCGAUGAAGGUGGACAAUGCGGGAAGCCCAAAUUUAGAUUUGAAUCAAAUGCAAGCUUGGCAGGAUAAACAAGGAGUACAAACCAAUGAUACCAUUAACAACAUUGUGAACGGAACCGAAAAAAGUUCAGAUAACGAACAAUUGGGAUGGUUAAACCACGAGCUUACCCUUUUGAAACUGCUUCUGCCUUCGUUAGGCCAGCAAGUUUGCAAGAUAGCAGGCUGUUUCCCGUUCAAAACGUGUCUGCAGGUUUACACCAAGUUAAAAGAGAUCGAAUUUAUUGAAGAGACGACUGAACCAAUCGAGGCAUCCGAAGAUAAAGUUCAUUUAGCUGAAGACGAGGAAGUAGAAAAUGAAAAUGGAGAGGAAAUUUUGGUAGAAGAAGCUGAUGAUAUGAAAGACUACGACAGUGAUUCGCUGAAAUUCACAGAUGCUACGAAUUUGAAAAGAAAGUUUGGGAAGCAGCCUAGGAUCGACAAAAUAAUUGACUGGUCGCUGCCGCAGAAUGCAGAGAGGAAAAUAGCGGAGCAGGUGCACAGGAACAACGGAAGACUGGCUAACUACACCCCCUGUCUGCACCAGGAUCACCCCUCCUCUUCUUCUCCCCGGGAGCUGUACUGCACCCCCGACUGCCACUGUGUGAGGAACAGCACCUUCUGUGAGAAGUUCUGUCUCUGCUCGCCUAAAUGUCCCAACAGGUUCAGAGGAUGCAAGUGCAGGGGUGGGCAAUGUGACACGAAGAAUUGUGCGUGUUUCGUGGCCAAGCGCGAGUGUGACCCAGACUUGUGUGGUCACUGUGGUGCAGAUGAUUACACUCAUUUGGUGCCUGCCUGCAGAAAUGUCAACAUCCAACGACAACUCCGCAAACACAUUCUAGUCGGCAAAUCGAACGUGAGUGGGUGGGGUGCAUUCACCAAGUAUUCGGCCGAGAAGGACGACCUGAUGGCAGAGUACAUUGGGGAAGUGAUUUCCCAUGACGAGGCAGAGAGGAGGGGCAAAGUGUAUGACCAACUGCAAUGCAGCUACCUUUUCGACCUCAACAACGAACACUCCGUGGACGCCACCCGAAAGGGCAACAAGAUCAGAUUUGCGAACCACUCGAUUAACCCGAACUGCCAUGCCAAAGUGUUGUUGGUGAACGGAGACCACAGGAUAGGCAUAUUCGCCAAACGGGACAUAGCCGCGGGGGAGGAGCUGUUCUUCGACUACCGCUACGGACCCCCAGAGAAACUCAAAUAUGUCAAACUCAAGUGAAGUGAUCAUAAACACUCGCUGUGAAAAAUUGAAAUUUGGGUUUUUUCCUUCCCCCUCCUGCGAAUUGUUACUGGCUUAAUUUUUGUUCAUCUUGUCCAAUUGUUAUAAAAUUGGCAUGUGGAUUAAUUUAUGUCAUGCGGACAAUGGUAAACAUAUUUAGCUUUCCGUCUGCAUGCUUAACCUUGUAAAACCACUUACUACGCUACUGAGUUGAUGUUCACGUGUAUAUGGAUUUGAGGGGCGAGGGGGAGGGGUAAGGAAAAAAAGCAAAGUUGGAAAUGCAAACAGACAAAACUUGAUCUCGGCCUUGAGCGCCAUUUCUGGGCUUCAAAUUUUCUAACAUCAAAAAAGUCUUACUCUUGUCGUUGUUUGAAAUCGCACUUGAUUUUUUUUAAACGUUUCAAUCAAUACGUAUGUUUUACUUACUGAAGCCUCGUUGUUUAUUAGAUUUGUUUUUGUAGUGACAGAGAUUUGAUUUGAUUUGAAUUUUGCUUUCGACUUUGAAGAGUUCGUAUUUUAUACUUUUAAGAUCAAUCCUGAAUGCAUUGGAGUUUAAGGUAUAUGCAUUUAUUCCAU